AUGUCCAAUAAAUAUAGACAAAUAUGGGCUAGAAUAAGAUGCUAUAAGAAUCGCUCUUCAAUACUUGCUGUUCCCAGUUUGCGACGUAUACCUUUGAGAGGUCCAGUUGUUUCUUCUACUAUAGGUUUUACGUUGUUCACUUGGUUAGGGUUUGAAAAAAACACUCUUUCUGCUGAAGAUGAACUUGUAUACACAAUUAAACAUUGUGUACUUUUUAUCCAAAGAGAUGAACAUGAUAAAGCUGAACAACUUUUACAUGUAGCUUUAAGACAAGCCCAGCAAAUCCAGCAUCAACUGGGAAUCACAUACAUCUAUGAUGUAAUGGCAAAUUUGGCAUUAGAACGUGAACAGUUGGAUAAAGCAAAACAGUUAUUUGUUACUGUAGCUCAAAGAAUACUUGCAGAUGGUGCCACAGAGGAUGAUCCACGUAUGGUACACAUAAGCUCAAAGCUUGCUAGAAUAAGUCACUUGAAAAAAGAAUAUACUACAGCGCAAAUAGGAUAUGAUUGGUGCAUAGCUAAACUACAACAAUUAAUUGAAACUACAACAGAUGAUGUCUCUACCAAGAAACUUCUUGCUAUGACUCAAGAUUGGUAUGGCAGAUUGUUUAUAGAUUGUAAUCAAGGUGAACAAGGUCUUUCAUUAAUGCUUAGUGCUUUAGAAUUAAUGAAGGAAGUACCAGAUGUUGAAAAAGAACAUAUUGUUAUACAACUUAACGACAUAGGGACAGUCUGUGAUAAACUUGGAAAAAGUGAUGACAGUAUAACCUAUCUACAAGAAGCUAUUGCCUUAGGAAAAGAAUUGAAAAUGGAUGAAUUAGGCACCAUGUAUGUUAAUCUAGGUAGAGCAUACCUCAAAAAGAAUAUGAUAGCAGAGGCUACCAAAUCAUGUGGUUAUGGAUGGAAACUUGGAACAAUGUCUAAAAAUAACAUCAUUAAGCAGGAAGCAGAAUCAUGUAUAAAGGAAAUAAAAAAUCAUAGUUAA